GUCGACCGCGCGGACGCGAAGAAGAUGAAGAAAGGACAGCUGCUAACGGGCAGGCCAAUUAUCCGUAUAAUCCAAAUACACGUCACCACGCGCGAGGACCACGGACAGGUGUAUACCUACGAGGACCUCAUGGCGUUUCAGAUUAAGGGGGAAGGAAAGGAGGCUGACAAGGACCCCUAUCACUUCGACGACGAAUGGGCGCGGGUGACGCAGGAGAUGGAGCGGCCUCGCAAAUCCUUCAGACCCUCGAUCCCAAACCACUUCUACAAGCAGACUAAGAAAUGCCCCUGCGUGCGGAUGACUCUCGUCAUGUACGACCACAGCAAUGAUGGAUACGGCAAGGGCAUGAAGUCUCACGAGUGGCUUUUGGGACAGAUCGCGAGGCAGAUGCUGCAGGGUCGCGGGGGGGGCAACCGCAGGACCCAGAAACAGCAGAUCAACAAACGCGGGGUGGAACCCAGCGGUGGCAAGGGCGGCGACGGAAGCAAGGAUUCGAUCACCAUAAAGGACGGCCGGCUCAAGAAGUCC